AUGUCUGCGGCAACGCCUACGUUGUGGGGUUUGCCGAACGAGAUACUGGAUGACAUCUUCAAGUACCUUGACACGUCCGAUAUGGUACAUCUCCGCACCAUGUGCCGCAAACUAGAGCAUGCGGCAUUCGACUGGUACGAAAGGAUUGUCGAAGGCGCGGUUCGUGCUCGGCGCGGCAUGGUCUAUCUCAAUAUGAACGACAGAGGCGUGAACGAACUCUCGGACUUAAGCAAACUUGAACGCGCCCGGAUGGAAGUCAAGUACUUCAUUGCCAUGAGAGUGUGCUUCCACUGUCUUGAAUAUGGUAGCAUCACUCAGUCUGUGGGACGUUUCCCGAACCUGUCGGCACUUUGCAUCGGUUAUUACGACAACUUCAUGAAAUGUUUUCGGCAGAUGGAGCGCUUCAGUUGGGUUGAACCGGAGGAAGACCAGGAAGAAUUCGGAUAA